AUGGCCGCUAUUGGUCUGUUCACAUUCAUCAUGUUCCUGCUAGCCCUACUGCCUGUCUUUGGCUGGUGGACCGUGCCCAUACAAUUCACUUUCUUCAUGGCAUUCGUCAAUGUUGGCAACCUACUACCAAGUGGGCCGAUCGGCAGCAUACUCACCUUCGUAAUAUUCCUUGCCGCAUUUUUCACUUCUAACUACAUCCCCCAUGAAGGAUAUGCGCACUAUUAA